AGCUUGCCGGAUGUGAGGUUAUGUCCACACGUGACUGAAAACAGAAAAAGAUCAGAUAGUGCUGAGAAGUCCAUCAGUCUCACGAGCAUUUCGGCUGUUAAAAAAGAAAAAAAAUUGUGAAGGAUGUCAGACCUUUUCAGCUCGUCCUCAAGCUUUGACGAGGCCCCAAAGAUUCAAAAACCAGGCUCGGUGGACCCGGAGCUGGAGAAUUUCCUGGCGAUUGAGAAGCAGAAAGCACAACUCACAGCUCAGAUCAAUGAAUUCAAUGAUUUCUGCUGGGACAAAUGUGUCGACAAACCCGGAGCCAAACUAGACGCAAAGACUGAGACCUGCUUGAACAAUUGCGUCGACAGAUUCAUCGAUGUCUCUCUGCUAAUCACAAACAGAUUCGCCCAGAUAUUACAAAAAUCUGCUGGUGGAAUGUGAUGAACAAAACGAACAAUAUAAAAUUAUAGUAAAUAUUUUUUUUAUUUACCGUUAGUUCCAAAGAGAAGGAUAAAUCGAUUUCAUUUGGAUGUUGAAUUCAUUAUUAAUUAAUUGGCAGAAUAAUAAAAAAGAAUUAUAAAAGUGUAACAUGAAAACGUUUAUUAAAUAAUGUAUUAUCUACAGUAAA